CCCGUUAAGAAAAGUCUGGAUUAGCUAUACUUGAUGUACAGUAUCUGUGUUUGAAAAGGAAAAAGUGCACAUAAGAGAUUUGUACGUUCUCAAUUAGAAGAAUCAACCAACAAAUGCUUCAUUCUCUGUGUCAAGCAGAAGAUUCUAUAACUGGUGGAUUAUUGACCGGACACUCCUCUGAGCUUUGCCGUGUAUUACACUAGUGGAAUCUUGAGAUCAGUAGGAUUCUUCACCUAUACAUCAAGCUAGGGUUUAUGUACACAGUUUACAUUUUAUAAAGAUGGUAAAUGGAUAAAAAUUCAAGGAAACCCUCCGGAUUGUUCCAAGAGGAACUUUUAUUUCUAGAUCAUCAGUAUGAUUAUUCUCCUACAGACCGAGCUUCUUUUUAUGGGGUUCAUUUGUACCCUUUACAUUUGAUAAAGAUUGUGAAUAGAUGGAAAUUUGGGCACAACAUAAUUAAAGUAAUCAAUUCUGUAGUGAGCAUAUUCUGUAUAAUGGAUCCUAAUGGAUGGCUACAAAAUAUUUCAACAAGGUUUAUAAAAUGUUUUGUGUAAACCUGCUAAGCCAGAAGAUUUUUGUUAUCCUAGUUUUUGGACUACCUCAUUAAGUCUUUGGUUAUCAACAACAUCAACUCAACUUUAGCAAUUUGUGUUACAAUUCUAUUUUGUUGUUCCAACUGAGUUGUGUAAGCGCAUACAAAAAGAACAAUGUUUGCGCAUGAUGGAGUUAACAUUUCUGCUGAUACAUCAGAAGCUUUGAUUUGUGAUGAAGAAGAAAUCUUGGUUACAUCCUCCCUAAGUGCAGUCCUCGCCUCUAUGUUCCUGUUGGGUAUUGCAGGUAAUCUCUAUGUGUUGGCCAUCAAUAUGCAGUCCCACAAGCCAUCCGGUUCCAUGAGUGUCCAUAUAAUCAAUCUUGCCCUGGCAGAUCUUUUGUACCUUUCCACUAUCCCCUUUGUAGUAAGUACCUAUUUGUCUCAAGACUGGUAUUUUGGUGAUGUUGGCUGCAGAGUCCUUUUGAGCAUGGAUCUUUUCACCAUGCAUGCUAGCAUCUUCACACUGACUGUGAUGAGCAUGGAGAGGUAUCAGGCUGUCGUGUUUCCUUUAAAAGCUCGACUGGCACAAGGAUAUCACAAGAUAACUAACCUAGGUAUCUGGAUAAUGUCUUUGCUCCUCACAAUGCCCAUGAUUUGUAUGAUACGCUUGCAGGAAAGCCAUUAUGGAUACAACAAAAAAAUCUGUUUUCCAACCUGGACUCCAGAUGCCUUCAGACUAUACCUAACAGUCCUGUUCUGCACCAGCAUCCUGGGACCUGGACUUGUUAUCUUGUAUCUUUAUGCCAGUCUGACCAGGACAUACUGGACAUCUGGCCAGCAAUUUCCUCAAUCCAGCCGGAAACUAAAGCAGUGCAUUGGGUGUAGAAUAUUCACCAUCAUCCUGGUUUACUGGGCUUGUUUUGUGCCUUUCUGGGCAUGGCAACUUGCUAAGUUCUACCAACAAGAACCCUUAGGGCUGGAGCCUACAAGACAGAUUUACCUGAACCUUGGUGUCACCUGCUUAACCUACGGAAACAGCUGUGUCAAUCCUCUCCUGUACACCCUGCUGACACAGAACUACAGGGAAUAUAUAGCCAGCCGGGUGCGAGGAACCAAUCUGGCUUAGUACGAGGAGCCAUUGUUUGAGCAGAUGUUACGUUGACACAUUUUCUGGAAAAAAAUAGUAGAAUGCUCAUUAGCAUAAAUUUGCAUAAAUAAUUCUAACAGCAUAAAUCAGGAACUAAAGCUGCUUGGACAGAUUUUAAAAUAACUUUGGUUUAUAGCUAGAUUCCAAUAUGUAAGUUUGACUGAUAGCAUCUUAAUUUCUAUAUUUAAUCUUUAUUUUCAACUUAAAAAAACUGGCCUUGGUAAAAUGUUAUCUAAGUGGCAUCCCUAGCAGAAGUAAAUGAUUUGUUAUGGGAUAUGAAACCCAAACAUUUUCUUUUGUGAUUCAGAUCGGGAAUACAAUUUAAAGUUUCCAAUUUACUUCUAUUAGCAAAUUUCCUUCGCUCCCAUGAGAUUCUACCUAGGUAGCAUCUGGUGCACUACAUGACAGGAAAUAGUGCUGCCAUCUAGUGCCCUUGCAAAUGGAUAACAUUCUUGCAAAACUGCUGCCAUAUAGUGCUCCAGAACGUGCACGCUCCUGAGAUUACCUCCCUGCUUUUUAACAAAAGAUGCCAGGAAAACAAAGAAACAUUGACAAUAGAAGUCAAUUAGAAAGUUGUUUAAAAUUGCUGCUCUGUCUGAAUCAUGAAAGAAAAAAUUUGGGUUUCGUAUCCCUUUAAAUGUCAAUCAUUUUUUGAUCCUACUGGCGUUGUCACCUUUGAACUAAUACAUUAGGGAGCACAUUUGUUUCAUUAUUAGAUGGAGCGAGUAUUGGUCUGACAAACUGCUUGCUCUGAAGGGAGUGUGUAGUUGAUAUUAGACUUGACCUUCCAGCUGUGAGAGUAGAGCAUAAAACUAGUAUAUUACUGCUCUAGAGCAUGGCCCUCAGUACCCCCAACAGGCUAGGUUUUUAUUAUAGCUGAACCAGUGCACAGGUGAAAUAAUCAGCUGAUUGGUGAGAGCAGGUUGGUUACCAUGGUUACUGAUCAGCUGAUUGCUUCACCUGUGCACUGGUUCAGCUAUCAUGAAAACCUGACCUGUUGGGGGGGGGGCUUGAGGACUUUGGUUUUGAAUCAAUGCUCUAGAAUUCAUGAACGAAAGUCGAAUCAUGGAAAAAAAGAAGACUCUAUAAAAACAUAGCUAUACAAAUCUGUGUCUUUACCUUUUAAACAGGUACAUUUCAGCUCUGACAAUAAAAGCAGCACCAUCUUGUAUAACACUGGUGUAUAUAUUAGCUGUAUUUUAGCUGUAUAU